AUGUUCGACGCACGCAGACUAGCGACGGCAGUACCGGAGGACAUAGUAUUCUGCAUAGACACCGACAUAGAGGCGGCGCGCGAUUUAAAGCCAUCCACUGGUGCAGCCGCCGCUACAGCCGCCACAGCCGGCGAAGGGGUGGGAGGAGAGGCAGCAGGAGUGGGAUCAAUCGCUCAACAAGCAACAGAAACAGCAGGAGGAGGAGCAGCAGCAGGAGGAGCAGGAGCAGCAGCAGCAGGAGCAACAGCAGCAGCGGGACCUGCAGCAUCGCUGACUAGACUAGACGCCAUACGGCAGGCUUUGCUGCUGUUCACGCACUCGAAACUCGCCAUGAACCCCUCGCACAGGUUCGCCCUGGCCGCACUCAAGGGCAACACAGCAGCAGGAGCACCGGCACCGCCCACCACACAGGGGCCUGCCUCCCCUCACUCCGCCUCCUCUGCCUCGUCCCCGCGGCAACCACAGUUCUCCUGGGUGGUCGAGCAUUUCACCAAUGACAUGAACUCUCUCCUUGCUGGCGUCCAAUCACUGCACGCCACGUCAGCAUUCUCCUCCGUUGACCUCUCCCCGCUCUUCCGCGCCCUCGCGUCAGAGUCGCAGCGCUCGGUCGAUCGAGGCCGUUCAUUGCGCCUGAUACUCUUCUACUGCCGUUCCUCGUGCAUCCCCGGUCCACCUCCCAACCGCGCCCCUCGCCCCACCAUCCCCUUCACUGCUGACUGUAUCUACUGGCAUGACCGGCCCAACAAUUUCAACCGCCCGCAGGAAGUUUUUGACGGGCUGACCGCUGCCCUAGAAGCAGUUUCCGUGCCCGAGCCUUACAUCUGGGAGAACAGCAGCAACUCAGCUAGGUACAUCUUUCGAGCAACAUCCUCGUUAUUAGCGCACCCAGCACAACGACUAGCUGACGACUACCUAUCCAUGCCCAGGGUUCUGGACUCAGGGCCCAGAAACGCCCCACCUGGAGAAGCCACUGCAUCUGGGUCAGGUGCAUCUGGUGCAGGUGCAUCUGGUUCAGGUGCGCCCGACACAGGGUAUUACUCUGGAGGUGCGGGUGGGUUGGAGGCGGUUUAUGGUGGCAAUGGGGGAGAGAAAGGAGCCAAAAUCUCAUCUCUUCCUCCUCGGCUUCUGCACCUGCUCCUCCCUCUCCACCACUCUGCACACCUCGUGAUCCACCCCAUCGCUCUGCAGCGCCCUCAGCCAUUCAGUCUGCUGGCAAGACAGCUCAUCCCUCGGCCCUUUCACCUCCACCAGCUUUACCUCCCCCCACGAAUCCCCUCUUAA